AUGGCGAUCUCACAAACUAAGAAGAAAGAUUGUCGUCACCGGUCUCAUAAAGGCUGUUGGACAUGCAAGCGCAAACGAAUACAAUGUGACGAAAACAGACCUGGCUGUCAGCAGUGCGCCAAGCGAGGAUUGACAUGCGAAGGAUACGAGGUUAGACUUCGCUGGGGGGCUGGUAUUGCUUCUCGAGGUCGAUUCAAUGGAGCCGAGAAACCACUCAAAGAGUCUAUACCACUUCAUUCGAAACGAAGAUGGGAUCUCAGAGAUAAAGGCAAACAAAGGGGUGGUGAUCAAGAGGGUGAACCUGUCCUACUUCUUGAACAAAGUUAUACUCCAGCGGAAUCAUCAAACCACCCUGUCCAACGAGCAACAGUCAAUAUACUGAAUGUCGAUUUCGGGCAGAAUCCAGAAGACUAUGUCAACAUAAUCAGGCAUUUUGAGCUACCUGUGUCAUUGGCAAAUAUGGAACCAGAUCCCAGACUUUUUGAGGGUGUGCAGGGACUAAAUUCUGGCCAAUAUGUGGAUAGUUUGUCCAGGGGAUCUGCAAUCACUGCCUAA